GAGUAGAGGUAGAUUUGUUUGCAUCCCCUUUGGGGUUGUAACCACAGCACACACCCAAACCCUUCCUGCCUCUCUGGAACUGGUUCAAGAUUUGGAGAGACGGGUUUGUGUGUGGGCGUUUCCCUCUUAUCUCCAAGUAAGCAGGUGCUAGAGUUGAAUUUAUUUUGACCCUUUCACUUUAAAUGUGGAGCUGAAGCAAGAAUUGAAACACAUCAGAAGAGUGUGUGCUGUACUUGAGACAUGAGGGACUCGGGGAGAAAGAGCCUGGCCCAACUAGAGAAUCUGUGCAAACAGUUGUAUGAAACAACAGAUACAGCCACUCGACUACAGGCAGAGAAAGCCUUGGUUGAAUUCACCAACAGCCCUGACUGCCUGAGCAAGUGCCAGCUGCUCCUCGAGAGAGGAAGUUCAUCCUACUCCCAGUUGCUAGCAGCUACAUGCCUUACCAAGCUUGUGUCACGAACAAACAAUCCCCUGCCAUUGGAACAGCGGAUAGAUAUCCGAAACUAUGUGCUCAACUACCUUGCUACUCGGCCAAAGUUGGCUACUUUCGUGACACAAGCACUCAUCCAGUUAUAUGCCAGGAUCACAAAACUGGGCUGGUUUGACUGCCAGAAAGAUGACUAUGUCUUCAGAAAUGCAAUCACAGAUGUCACAAGGUUUUUACAGGACAGUGUUGAAUACUGCAUCAUUGGCGUCACGAUUUUAUCUCAGCUCACCAAUGAAAUUAAUCAAGUAAGUGCUACAGCCUUCCUUAUUGAAGCGGACACCACCCAUCCUUUAACCAAACACAGAAAAAUAGCCUCUUCGUUCCGAGACUCAUCACUGUUUGAUAUCUUCACACUUUCCUGCAAUUUACUAAAACAGGCAUCAGGAAAGAAUCUGAACUUGAAUGAUGAAAGUCAGCAUGGCUUGCUAAUGCAGCUACUCAAACUCACCCAUAACUGUCUGAACUUUGAUUUCAUCGGCACAUCUACUGAUGAGUCCUCAGAUGACCUGUGUACAGUUCAGAUCCCCACCAGCUGGAGAUCAGCCUUCUUAGAUUCUUCGACUCUGCAACUGUUUUUUGACCUGUAUCAUUCCAUCCCUCCCUCAUUCUCACCUUUGGUACUGUCCUGCUUAGUACAGAUUGCCUCAGUCCGGAGAUCCCUAUUUAACAAUGCCGAGAGGGCCAAGUUUCUCUCUCAUCUUGUUGAUGGUGUUAAACGAAUACUGGAAAACCCACAGAGUUUAUCAGACCCAAACAAUUACCAUGAGUUCUGCAGACUACUGGCCCGGUUAAAGAGUAACUACCAACUGGGAGAAUUGGUAAAAGUGGAAAACUACCCUGAGGUUAUCCGGUUGAUAGCCAACUUCACAGUGACCAGCCUACAGCACUGGGAAUUUGCCCCAAACAGUGUGCACUAUCUCCUGAGCCUGUGGCAGCGGCUGGCAGCCUCUGUGCCAUAUGUCAAAGCCACAGAGCCUCAUAUGCUGGAAACAUAUACUCCUGAGGUCACCAAAGCCUAUAUCACAUCCCGUUUGGAAUCUGUGCACAUCAUUCUGAGGGAUGGCCUGGAAGAUCCCUUGGAGGAUACAGGUCUGGUCCAGCAGCAGUUGGACCAGCUGUCUACCAUUGGACGUUGUGAGUAUGAGAAGACAUGCGCACUCCUUGUGCAGCUGUUUGACCAGUCGGCCCAGUCCUACCAGGAACUGCUGCAGAGUGCCAGCGCCAGCCCAAUGGACAUUGCAGUGCAAGAGGGACGACUGACGUGGUUGGUUUACAUCAUUGGAGCUGUGAUUGGUGGCCGAGUUUCUUUCGCCAGCACUGAUGAGCAAGAUGCGAUGGAUGGUGAGCUUGUCUGUCGGGUGCUCCAGCUUAUGAACCUAACAGAUUCCCGCUUGGCUCAGGCUGGCAAUGAGAAGCUCGAAUUGGCCAUGCUGAGUUUUUUUGAGCAGUUUCGUAAAAUCUACAUUGGGGACCAGGUGCAGAAGUCCUCGAAGCUGUACCGCCGACUCUCAGAAGUUCUGGGUCUGAAUGAUGAGACGAUGGUGCUGAGUGUCUUCAUAGGAAAAGUCAUCACCAACUUGAAGUACUGGGGGCGUUGUGAGCCAAUCACCUCCAAGACACUGCAGCUUCUCAAUGACCUCUCCAUCGGAUACAGUAGUGUAAGGAAGCUAGUGAAGCUUAGCGCUGUACAGUUCAUGCUGAACAAUCACACGAGCGAGCACUUUUCAUUUUUGGGUAUUAACAAUCAGUCCAACCUGACAGACAUGCGGUGUCGGACUACCUUCUACACAGCACUUGGGCGUCUCCUCAUGGUGGAUUUAGGAGAGGAUGAAGAUCAGUAUGAGCAAUUUAUGCUUCCACUCACAGCAGCAUUUGAGGCUGUGGCCCAGAUGUUCAGCACUAACAGCUUCAAUGAGCAAGAGGCAAAGAGAACUCUUGUUGGCCUAGUGAGAGACUUGAGAGGGAUAGCUUUUGCCUUCAAUGCCAAGACCAGCUUCAUGAUGCUCUUCGAAUGGAUAUAUCCCUCCUACAUGCCGAUUCUCCAGCGGGCAAUUGAGCUCUGGUACCAUGAUCCGGCCUGUACCACACCUGUGCUCAAGCUGAUGGCUGAAUUAGUUCAUAACAGAUCUCAGCGACUCCAGUUCGAUGUUUCAUCUCCCAAUGGUAUCUUACUUUUCCGAGAGACCAGCAAGAUGAUAACCAUGUAUGGCAAUCGCAUCCUGACACUAGGAGAGGUGCCAAAGGAUCAGGUCUAUGCUUUGAAGCUCAAAGGUAUCUCCAUUUGCUUCUCCAUGCUGAAGGCUGCUCUUAGUGGGAGUUAUGUCAAUUUUGGAGUCUUCCGUCUCUAUGGAGAUGAUGCCUUGGAAAAUGCCCUGCAGACCUUCAUCAAACUGCUCCUCUCUAUUCCUCACAGUGACCUCCUGGAUUACCCCAAGCUCAGCCAGUCUUACUAUUCACUACUGGAAGUCCUGACGCAGGACCAUAUGAACUUCAUUGCAAGCCUGGAGCCGCACGUCAUCAUGUACAUCCUCUCGUCUAUUUCUGAAGGACUUACUGCACUUGACACCAUGGUAUGCACGGGCUGCUGCUCCUGCCUGGACCAUAUUGUGACGUACCUCUUCAAACAGCUGUCACGAAGCACCAAGAAAAGGACAACACCCCUGAGCCGGGAGAGUGACUGCUUUCUGCACAUCAUGCAGCAGCACCCAGCUAUGAUCCAGCAGAUGCUGUCCACGGUGCUGAACAUCAUCAUCUUUGAAGAUUGUAGGAAUCAGUGGUCUAUGUCUCGACCCCUACUUGGCUUGAUACUACUUAACGAAAAGUAUUUUUCUGACCUAAGAAACAGCAUUGUCAAUAGCCAACCACCAGAGAAACAGCAGGCCAUGCAUCUGUGUUUUGAAAAUUUGAUGGAAGGCAUUGAGCGGAAUCUUCUGACGAAAAACAGAGACAGGUUCACCCAGAACCUGUCAGCAUUCCGUCGAGAAGUCAACGACUCAAUGAAGAAUUCUACUUACGGAGUGAAUAGCAAUGACAUGAUGAGCUGACAACUCUUGGACUCUACCUGUACAGAGCAGCAUCCCUUUGGUCUGGUCCAGAGGGCGAACAGUUGCAAGGGAGAGGGCCUGGCUGAUCCCGGCUUCUUCCUCCAGGGGUAUGGGGGGAUGGCAAAGGUCAACUAGCUAUUUCCCCAGUAUGGGGUGUGUGUGCACUCACUAAGGGGCAGGCGCUGAUGGUUCCUGGGGGACUGGGUGGGAAGGGUGGUGGGAGGAGACAGAGACAAGCAUCUGAGACUCCAGCCCACUCCUGGGGCCACCCACGCAGGGAGAACCCAGUGUCCUGCCACAACCUGCCUUGUAUAAACAUGUACAUUUUUUCAUAACAUUUUGAACAAGGUUUAUAUUGACUCAAGUUUAAAAACAAAAAGUGUGACUGAAAAAUUUUUACAGAGUCUAGUGCACCAAUGCUGAUGUGAGGGGUUGUGUAUGGCGAGUGAAGACAAUGUGUAUUGUGGUGGCCUGAAGCUUUAUUGGACAGGAUGUGUGAAAGUGCAGAGAUAUAUUUAGUGACACAGUGUAGAGAGGCAAAAAGAGGAAAAACUCCAAAUGUAUAUUUUUUCUUAAUGCCCUUUCCCCACCCCAAUGAUAUGUUCCUAUUGCUGUAUUAACCCUUGUUAUUAGGAACUCUGAGCCAUGCGGGAGCAUUGUCCUCCCCACCAUGGAUGCUGCCCUGGGUCCCCCAGCCUCCUGCAGUGACAAAUAACUCCAGCUAAAAACGUCCUGGUGUUCUUAUCUCCAUCCUUUCUCCUAGUUUACUUACCCUCAUCCUCAGACAAAUGCCUCUUGCUGUUAAAAAUUGGAUUUAUGUUUUAGGAUUCUUGGUCUCUGUAGGGAGACGACGAAGAAUUGAGCCAUUUGCUCUCUUGUUGAGCAAUUUGCAUGAGUCCACCAGAGGCCUGAUGUGUGUGGCCAUAACUUUGUCUUCCCCAGCCCUUGAGGCAGUGUGUAUGGAUGCGUGUGUGGAUAUUUAUGUAUGUGCCCUGCACUCAUGAAUGUAUGAACUGGAGGGAGUUACUACAGGGGAGGGUUCUUAAUAACAAGGUCUACCUAGCAUGAAGUAUUUAACAUUCUCCCUUGAAAAAUAUACAUUUUUAUAAAAUAAAAACCAUAAUAAAUGUUUUGAAUAUUAAAAAAGAAAAGUGAACCUACAGAGGAAAAUUCAACGGAGAAAGCUGUUUGCCUUGUACUUUUCCACAACUGUUGCUGCUAGUUGUACACAUCUCUAGUUCAGCUCUUAUCCACGAGACAUUAAUCAAUUAGGUUUUAUUUUUAUUUUCCUCAACCCUCACAAACAAGCCUAUUAAUUUUCCUUCUCCUCUGGCGACUGUGUGGUGAAUCUUUCCUUGCGUGAUCAGGUUGCGGAUAGACUUGUAAGGGUGUUUGCUGCAUACAGUGUAAGCAUUGUGACCGCCAAUAAACUUCAAUGGUUUCUACUGA